AUGGCUUCUCUCAGUGCUGCGUCCCUCCUGGCUCUGAGCUACCUGAUGUGUCACCUGGCUGCUUCCUCUACAGUUCUGAAAGCUCAACCUGGAGACGAUGUCACCCUGAGCUGUCAGGCUCCUGAUGGUGUUGAUAUUGCAGCAGCAGAGUGGAGCAGACCUGAACUGAAGGAACUACAAUAUGUCUUCCUUUAUCGAGACGGACACAUUGACUCAGACUACCAGCAUCCGUCGUUUAAGGAUCGGGUGGAGCUGAAAGACAAAAAGAUGAAGGACGGCGACCUGUCUGUGAUUCUGAAGAACGUGAAGAAGAACGACAGUGGAACAUACGAGUGUCGCAUUGCAGCUGCUGGGGACAAACGUAUGAAGAGAUCCAUUAUUAAAGCUCCUCCCAUCAGCACCAUCAGCCUGGAGGUUGUAGAUCCAGCCCUGAACCUGAACCUGACAGCUCAACCUGGAGACGAUGUCACCCUGAGCUGUCAGGCUCCUGAUGGUGUCGACAUCGCAGAAGCAGAGUGGAGCAGAACUGACCUGAAGGAACUAGAAUAUGUCUUCCUUUCUGUAAACGGACACAUUGACUCAGACUACCAGCAUCCAUCUUUUAAGAACCGGGUGGAGCUGAAAGACAAAAAGAUGAAGAACGGCGACCUGUCUGUGAUUCUGAAGAACGUGAAGAAGGAGGACAGUGGAACAUACGAGUGUCACUUUAUAGCUGCUGGGGCCAAACACAUGAAGAGAGCCAUUAUUAAAACUCCUCCCAUCAGCACCAUCAGGCUGGAGGUUGUAGAUCCAGACGCUUCAGGUGGAGACAAAACGAGUCAAAACCCUGUGAAUGACCCUGAUGAACCUGUUGGGAGUGAUCAUGCUGCAGCAGCUGUAGUUGCUGUACUGGCAGUGCUUAUUGUGGUUCUUUCUGCUGUGGCUGCUGUGAUGCACAGAAAACAAAGAGCAAGUAGAGAACACAGACAGGUGAAAAGUGAGGUUGUAUGA